GGGUCUCUCAGGCAAUCGUCGUCCAUCGCAGUGCGACCGAAUAUCCAUUUUCAAGUUCAACUGCCACUCAUGCUCCUAUUUCUCAUGUCUUCCUCAAUCCCUCUUGUUCCAUUCCCAAGCUUCCCUACGUCAGCAACUGUCAUUUCCCGCCAUCAUCUUCCAACUACCUUAACUGCUUUUAACCGCCUUCUUCCCAUCUCCAAACCCUCAUUCCCCAACAAACUCCAUCUCUCUCAUCCUCCCAUCUCCACCUCUCCCUCAUUUCCAAUCAAUAAACGUCGACAGCUGCAAGUCAUAUCCCAAUUCAACAUCGCAUCCCCACCGCUCAUCUCUGCCCAUGAUCAAUGGGGAAUGUGGGCCACUCUUCUCUCCAUCGGCACUUUCGGCAUCUGGUCUGAGACGACAAAGAUAGGGAGCACAUUGAGUGGGGCUAUAGUGAGCAUUCUGGUGGGGCUCGCUGCGAGUAAUCUUAGGAUCAUUCCUUAUGAAGCUCCAGCUUAUUCGGUUGUCAUGGAGUACCUGCUGCCCAUGGUCAUCCCGUUGCUGCUCUUCAAAGCAGAUUUGCGCCGUAUCUUGCGGUCAACGGGGACGUUGUUCUUGGCAUUCUUGCUUGGAUCAGGCAGUUUGGUUCACAAGAAUCCUUUUUCACAGCCAAGAGUCAAGGCUGCAUUUCUAACUAACCUUUUCAAGUCCCCUAUUCUUAAAUUCUUUUCCACUGUGACAGUUGCGACAAUGAUUGGAACAGUAAUAGCAUAUCUAAUUGUGCCCAUGCGAUCACUUGGUCAAGAUAGUUGGAAGGUAGCUGCUGCGCUCAUGAGUAGUUACAUUGGUGGAGCGGUCAAUUAUAUUGCUGUCUCGAAGGCUCUUAAUGUUUCUCCAUCAGUUUUGGCUGCUGGAGUAGCUGCAGACAAUGUUAUAUGCGCAAUAUAUUUCACAUCACUUUUCGCAUUAGCAUCGAGGAUACCUCCUGAGGCUUCAGCAUCGGCCAGUGAUGGUCUAACGGAUGUGGAAUCCAAGCCCAGCAACAAGCUCCCUGUGUUACAGACUGCUACUGCUCUUGCUCUAUCUUUUGCUAUCUGCAAACUCGGUGCUUACCUCACGGACUUAUUAGGAAUUCAAGGAGGCAGCCUUCAAUGUAUAACAGCGAUUGUAGUAAUUUUGGCAACCAUGCUUCCAUCACAAUUUGGCUACCUUGCACCCGCCGGAGAAUCUGUUGCUUUGAUUCUGAUGCAGGUCUUUUUUGUUGUGGUGGGAGCGAACGGGAGCAUAUGGAAUGUAAUCAACACAGCACCCAGUAUAUUUGCAUUUGCUAGCGUCCAGGUAGCCAUCCAUCUUGCUGUGAUCCUUGGAGUGGGAAGGCUAUUACACAUGGACAAGAAGAUGGUGCUGUUGGCUUCGAAUGCCAACAUUGGAGGCCCCACAACAGCAUGUGCAAUGGCCACAGCCAAAGGAUGGGCUUCUUUGAUAGUUCCUGGGAUUCUUGUAGGUAUAUUUGGAAUUGCUAUUGCAACAUUUCUCGGUAUUGGGUUUGGAUUGCUAGUUCUUAAAAAUAUGUGCAAGUAAAUCUGUAUAGGAAGAAAUCAGUAAUUUUGUCUUCUAUUCCACUUAUUUGUGGCAUUUUCUAUGCAACUUGUCUGUAACAAGCUUGAACUUUUCAAGCAGAUUUCCCAUGAUUUAAUGAAGAAGAACAAGGCAUUCAUGCCUUCCAAGCCA